AUGGCGUUCGACCCAGCGGCCAACGCCGGCCCUCCUCUCGACGAGAUUCAAUGGCACACUCCUCCUCAGUUCGAAGGUGGCCUCCACUCGAACAGCAUCCUCUACUACUUCGCUCAAUCGCCAUUCUACGACAAGACUUCCAAUAAUGAGGUCGUUUUCCAACAGGGUCUCAACAACCAGGCCAUGUCCCAAUACCUUGCCACCAGGGAGCUGUUCGAGAGUCGACUAAGGGAAAUGUCCGGGCUGGAGUUCAUCGUUGCUCAGGAACCUGCCGAGACGGGUCCAGGAAUGGGUACAGGCGUGUGGGUUAUCAACAAGCAGACGAGGAGGAAGCGUCCACCGACAAACCCGGUAAGGCCUGAGGAUGGUCCACCCGACGAGAUCAUCGUUCAUUCGACUUACUUCGUGGUGGGCGAAAACAUUUACAUGGCACCCACGCUGGCAGAUGUCAUUAGCUCCCGAAUUGGCGCAAUCGCCUCCGCCAUUACCAAGACCCUCCCCUUAGUAGACGAAGUAUCAGACUGGGCUCCCGCCGUCGGCCGCCGCUACAUCACUCCCGCCCAACCAUCCACCGGUGCCGGCAGCACAACCAACUACGCCGCCUCACGAACCGCCACUCCUCUCCCCGAGGGUCUUCCCAGCACGACCACGACCAACAAACCCGGCGCCACCAGGACAGGCGGAACAACCAACGACCCCCUCCUCGACUCCCUCCUCAUGGAAGAAGCCCUCCUCACGCACGAACGCUACGGCACCGAGUACAUGGACGAGAAUCCCAUCACCGGUAAGCCGGGCGACUUCCACCUGACCUCGACGGGCCGCAAGGCGCCGCAAAACAACAACAAGAACGGCGGUGGUGGCGGUGGUGCGUUGACCCUUAAGGAGGCGGCGGCCGCGUUGCCGGCUUUGAACACGAAAGGGCUGGGAGCCGCGGGAAGUAAUCCGCUUGCGAAAGGAGCGGCGGCGGCGGCUGCUGCUAAUGCAGUUGUCGGCAAGGAAACAAAGAGUCCCAAGACACCGGGUGCUGGUGGACCACCGAAGCCGAAGAGGCGGAAGAGCAAGAAUGUUGUUACUACCCCCAGUGCGGCUUAG